UAUUGCUUUGGGAGUUUAGAACUGUAAUGUGACACCACUUUAAAUGAUGUCAAUGUCAAGACGUAAAUAAGGCUUAGUCCGACAGUGCGCGAGCUCAUUUCACAGCCUCUGCACGAUGAUGGCGAGCUGAGAAAUCUGCUCGGCGUUGGAGAAUAUCAUCACCCACUCACCUCAGCACCCGCACACAUCCAGAGAGGAGGGGAGAGAGCGAGACAGGCAGCGGAAGAGCUCUGCUAGAUAGUGUGGAUAGCAAACGGAAGCUUCUUAAGCCGUAGGAUUUUCCAAACUGCGUUUAUUGUUUAUACAUUCCCACCUGAAGGACUCCAAAAGCAGAGCGGCGCAGGAAAGCAGCGAGGAAUCACUGGCUUCUGCUUGUUUUAUGUCGGCAGCGCGGGGUUUGUCUGUUGGCAAGCGGCAGUGGAGAAUGAGAUGCUCCUGUAAUUGGAUUCAUCAUCUGGAAAGCGCUCAAACCGCGAGGAGAGCUGCUCAAGUGACAGCGGCUCUCUAACGCAGCAUAGUAAAUUCUCUUUCUGUCAGCCUGCCUCUUCAUCUUUCUUUACCCCCCGCUCAGCUCCAUCUGCCUCUCUUUUCUCGGCAACCCCUCUCAUCUUGUUCCCACAGCAGAAGAGUUUCUGUCGCACGCAGAUCCUCGCGAUGGGUGACAAAGGCACAAGGGUGUUUAAGAAGGCAAGUCCAAAUGGGAAGUUAACUGUGUACCUUGGUAAGAGGGAUUUCGUCGACCACGUGGAUCUUGUGGAGCCUGUGGAUGGUGUGGUUUUAAUUGAUCCAGAGUACUUAAAAGAGAGAAAGGUUUUUGUGACACUGACGUGUGCCUUCCGCUAUGGAAGGGAGGACUUGGACGUUCUUGGCUUGACGUUUCGCAAAGACCUCUUUGUGGCCAACAUCCAGGCAUUUCCUCCUGUGCCUGAAGAGAAAAAGAGUUUGACACGUCUACAAGAGCGACUGAUAAAGAAACUUGGAGAACAUGCUUACCCCUUCACCUUCGAGAUUCCGCCGAAUUUACCCUGUUCUGUCACGUUACAACCAGGGCCAGAGGAUACAGGAAAGGCCUGCGGGGUUGACUUUGAAGUGAAAGCUUUCUGUGCAGAAAAUGUUGAAGAAAAAAUCCACAAAAGGAAUUCAGUGCGUCUUGUCAUCAGAAAAGUGCAGUAUGCCCCAGAGAAGCCGGGCCCACAGCCAAUGGCUGAAACCACAAGGCAGUUUCUCAUGUCAGACAAGCCUUUACACCUGGAGGCCUCACUUGACAAAGAGAUUUACUAUCAUGGUGAACCAAUCAGUGUCAACGUCCAUGUCACAAACAACACAAACAAGACAGUAAAAAAAAUCAAGAUUUCAGUGCGUCAAUAUGCUGAUAUCUGCCUCUUCAACACUGCCCAGUACAAGUGUCCAGUGGCGACAGAGGAAUCAGAUGAUAUCGUGGCCCCCAGUGCGACAUUUUGUAAAGUAUACACUCUCACACCUUACCUCGCGAAUAACCGAGAGAAACGUGGCUUGGCUCUGGAUGGCAAACUCAAACAUGAAGACACAAAUUUAGCCUCAAGUACAUUGUUAAGAGAGGGGGCCAAUAAGGAAAUUCUGGGCAUCAUUGUUUCUUAUAAGGUGAAAGUGAAGCUGGUGGUGUCUCGCGGAGGGUUUGUCCCUAGUGACGAUGACAUCAUCUUUGAGGACUUUGCUCGACAACGACUGAUUGGGGCAAAAGAUGACAAAGAUGAAGAUGAGGAGGGUGCCGAUUCACCCAAACUGAAUGACAGAUAGAUUGCAGAUAAGAGUUUCCUUGUUGUGACGAUACAAGAGACCCUUUUGAGAUAACCUGGAAAAUGGGACACCCUUUAACACACUCACAGUGGUGCAGUUGUUGUGUUCUUGUUCACAUUUGUCUCUUCCAUCCUGCAAGGGUGUACAGUAAAAACGUAAGUGUAGAAAAUGUGACCUUGUCGUUGAAGCGAUUAGAAGGUGAGAUUUUAGUUGAUAGGCCGGCCACUGAGUGCCUCGGAUAUUUGAGGGUCAUUUAGGGUUGAGGCAAUGGCUUCUCAUCAUAGCUAAAUCAAACAUCAGUGGUAGCAUGCCUUUGUUGUUGCUUUGUUUUAUAGAUUCUUCCUUUGAUUAGAACAGAGGAAGAGUUUAAGGACUGUGGCUUAGUAUUGAACCAUAUUUAAUGUAUGGAAUUUGUUGUUUUAAUUACUGUAAAAGGAACUGAAUUUAGUAUUUUUAUUAUAAAAGCUGCCAAAUUGAAUCAUCUUUAUAAUGUCUCAUUUCUCAACUGAGAGCAUCUGAAUCAGUCAUUGCAGAGUGAAAGUAUUUUUUUUUCCACGUUUCGAAAGAAAUUAUAUCUCAAAGUUAUCUUACCUAACAAAAGUUAUGAAUACACUACUGAUAAAAAGACUAUAUGACAUAAUGAGACAACCAUUUAUGACAUUUUUUUUCUCUCUCAACAAUCUUCAACUAUUUCUAAAAGUGG